AUGUCCACGGUCGUAGAGGACGGUGCCGCCGCCCGCGUUACCCCGCCCCCGCCUCCGCCGCAGCCGCAGCCCGCUGCCUCGACCACACCCACCACGAUUGGCGUUUCCGCAGAGUCCGCCGCCGAGGACCACGAUGCCGCGGUUGCGAGGGCGGCGGAUGUCGCUGCUGCACGCGAGGCCGGCGCUCGUGACGUCUUUCGUCGCGCGGUGGCUGCGACGGAGCCGAGGACGAAUUGGACGCGCGAGGAGAUUGCGGCCGUGUACUACACGCCGUUGAUGGAGCUGGCGUUCCAGGCGGGCUCGCUCCACCGCCGCUUCCACGCCGCCAACGAAGUGCAGCUCUGCACGCUCAUGAACAUCAAGACGGGCGGCUGCAGCGAAGACUGCAGCUACUGCGCGCAGUCGACGCGGCACCAGACGGGCCUGCAGGCCACGCGCGUCGAGAGCGUCGAGUCGGUGCUCGCGGCGGCCAAGACGGCGCGCGACAACGGCAGCACGCGCUUCUGCAUGGGCGCGGCGUGGCGCGACAUGCGGGGGCGCAAGACGAGCCUGCGCAACAUCAAAGCGAUGGUGUCCGGGGUGCGGGAGCUAGGCAUGGAGAGCUGCGUGACGCUGGGGAUGAUCGACGGGGCGCAAGCCAAAGAGCUCGCCGACGCGGGCCUGACGGCGUACAACCACAACUUGGACACGUCGCGGGAGUUCUACCCGUCGGUGAUCUCGACGCGGACGUACGACGAGCGGCUGGCGACGCUGGGCCACGUGCGCGACGCCGGCAUCAACGUCUGCUCCGGCGGCAUCCUCGGGCUUGGAGAGAAGAGCCGCGACCACGUCGGCCUGCUGCACACGGUGUCGACGCUGCCCGCGCACCCCGAGAGCUUCCCCGUCAACCGCCUCGUCCCCAUCCCCGGCACGCCGCUCGGCGAGCGCAAGCCCGUCGCCUUCCCCACGCUGCUGCGCAUGGUCGCGACCGCGCGCAUCGUGCUGCCCGCGACCAUCAUCCGCAUCGCGGCGGGCCGCACGACCAUGUCCGAGGAGCAGCAGGCGCUCUGCUUCAUGGCGGGCGCCAACGCCGUUUUUACCGGCGAGAAGAUGCUCACGACCGAGUGUAAUGGCUGGGAGCAGGACAGCCAGAUGUUUGCGCGCUGGGGGCUGGAGCCGAUGAAGAGUUUUGAGAAGACGGCCGUGCCGCCCGAGGCUGAGAAGGUGGCUACGGAGGCGGCGAGGGCCGAGGCGCUGUGA